GAGCCGGGGCGGAGACCUCCUGCCCGGCCUCCGGACUCGGUCCAGCCUUUGACCCUCGGUCCCCCGCGGCCCCCCUGCAGGCCGCGCCCCGGGAACCGCUGCCCCGGCCUCAACUCGCUCCUUUCAGUCCCACGCACCGAGCGGAGCGCAGCACCCGGGCGGGCGGCCGGCCGGCCGGCAUGGCGGUGUCCUGGAGGAGCUGGCUGGCCAACGAAGGGGUUAAACACUUCUGCCUGCUCAUUUGGCUGUCCCUAAAUGUCCUGCUUUUCUGGAAAACCUUCCUGCUGUACAAUCAAGGGCCAGAAUACUACUACAUUCACCAGAUGUUGGGCGUAGGAUUGUGUCUAAGCAGAGCCUCUGCAUCUGUCCUGAACCUCAACUGCAGCCUUAUCCUUUUACCCAUGUGCCGGACACUCCUGGCUUAUCUUCGGGGAUCACAGAAGGUUCCAAGCAGGAGAACAAGAAGAUUAUUGGAUAAAAGUAAGACAUUCCACAUAACCUGUGGCAUAACUAUCUGUAUUUUUUCAGGUGUGCAUGUGGCUGCCCACUUGAUGAAUGCCCUCAACUUCUCAGUGAACUAUAGUGAAGAUUUCCUUGAACUGAAUGCAGCAAGAUACCGAAAUGAGGAUCCUAGAAAGCUUCUCUUCACAACUGUUCCUGGUCUGACGGGUGUCUGCAUGGUGGUGGUACUGUUCCUCAUGGUUACAGCUUCUACCUAUGCAAUAAGAGUUUCUAAUUAUGAUAUCUUCUGGUAUACUCACAACCUCUUCUUUGUCUUCUACAUGCUGCUGCUGUUGCAUGUUUCAGGUGGGCUGUUGAAGUAUCAAACCAAUUUGGAUGCCCACCCGCCUGGCUGCAUCAGUCUUAACCGGACCCAGUCUCAGGAUAUUCCCUCACUCGAAUACAUCUCAGAACAUUUUCGUGGAUCUUUCCCUGAAGGAUUUUCAAAGCUAGAAGGUCAUAACCAGAAAACAGUUGUGAAGAUUUGCCUUGAGCAACCCAGGUUUCAAGCUCAUUUUCCACAGACCUGGAUUUGGAUUUCUGGACCUUUGUGCUUGUACUGUGCUGAGAGACUUUACCGAUGCAUCAGGAGCAACAAACCUGUUACCAUCAUCUCAGUAAUCAAUCAUCCCUCAGAUGUCAUGGAACUCCGAAUGGUCAAAGAAAACUUUAAAGCAAGACCUGGCCAGUAUGUUAUUCUACAUUGUCCCAGUGUAUCAGCAUUAGAAAACCACCCAUUUACUCUCACAAUGUGUCCUACUGAAACCAAAGCAACAUUUGGUGUCCACUUUAAAGUAGUAGGAGACUGGACAGAACGAUUCCGAGAUUUACUACUGCCUCCAUCUAGCCAAGACUCUGAGAUUCUGCCCUUCAUUCAAUCUAGAAAUUACCCCAAGUUGUACGUUGAUGGUCCUUUUGGAAGUCCAUUUGAAGAGUCGCUGAACUAUGAAGUUAGCCUCUGUGUGGCUGGGGGCAUUGGGGUCACUCCAUUCGCAUCGAUACUAAACACUCUGCUGGAUGACUGGAAGCCGUACAAGCUAAGAAGACUGUACUUUAUCUGGGUGUGCAGAGACAUCCAAUCAUUCCAGUGGUUUGCAGACUUACUCUGUAUGUUGCAUAACAAGCUUUGGCAAGAAAACAGACCUGACUAUGUGAACAUCCAGCUGUACCUCAGUCAAACAGAUGGAAUACAGAAGAUAAUUGGAGAAAAAUAUCACACACUGAAUUCUAGGCUUUUUAUUGGUCGCCCUCGGUGGAAACUUUUAUUUGAAGAAAUAGCAAAAUGUAAUAGAGGGAAAACAGUUGGAGUUUUCUGCUGUGGACCAAGUUCGAUUUCCAAGACUCUUCAUAAUUUGAGUAACCAGAGCAACUUAUAUGGGACAAAAUUUGAAUACAAUAAAGAAUCCUUCAGUUGAAGCCUUGGAGACUAAUCUUUUGAGGACGCUAAAGAAGGAACAGUGCAAUUUCUAAGACUUGGAAACUAAGCUGAAUCAAACAAUUCUGCUAUGCCAAAGAAUAUCAAGAUUUCAUUAUUUAUGAUUAUUUAAAAUGAGAAUGCAAAGAAUGUGGCAAAAUGACAUGUUUCAUCUAGAAGCCAAAGAGGCCCUGAAGAAUAUUUGGUGUGGUGAUUCACAUUUUGAUGGCAAAAUUAAAAGAAUGCUGUUAGAUGCACACUGUUGAUUUUUAUGGGAAAUUCAAGAACUCUCUUGCAAGGAGCUGAACUUGCUUACUUGGAAUCUGAUAGCUGCAGUCCUCUCUAAAUUGUUUUUGGUUGAACAGAUUCAACUUUGAACAAAAUUAAAAAUUCAUUGAAACUCA